GACACUAGUACAGCCAGCUGGACUAGUUGGCCAUGAUUUAGUGCCCUAAUCUUAUUCGUUUUCCAUUCGUUGCCUUUCAGUCAGUGAUCGCUUUUACUCAGCACUGAACAUAUAUUUAUAAAAUCUUUUCGAGAUCUUUUAUAAAAUUUGUAAAUUCAUUGGUACUAACGUUCAUCAUUUCAUCAUGUGUUCCAUCGAGUGGUUAGGUAGUGUGUUUUACUACAUUAUGCGCACCUACAUGAAGGUAACCGUAUCCAGUUGCGCAGCACCCUUCCCCAGCGGUGCCCUUGCAAAGAUUGUGCAUUUUAUAGAUUUCGUCGAAGUUUCCAUGACGAUAAUGCGGCGGCCAAGAAAUUUUACGGUUUUGACUGACCACCAAGCGAGACGCCUGCAUAUCUACAAUUGCCUUUUAAGUUUAAGGACUUGGGCGAAGAUGAUCUACGUCUUGGUAUCCGUGCUUUCUGUAAGCAAUGUCAAGACGCAUUUCAUUAUAAUCGCAAUGGGGAUUUCCGGCAUCUUCAUGGCAGUAAAUCGCAUACAGGGCAGGAUAAGGCUGCGACCCGCGCUGAUUCUUUUUACUGCGUUCUGCUGUGUCACUUGGGUGCCGUGGUUUCUUGACGAACUGAUCAACUGAUUUAAAUGAUGGACGCAAUGGCGAUGUAAGACAUAUGUUUUUCAAAAUUCACCGUGGCAUGUAGCUUUUCCCGAAAUUUAGCGAAUAAAGCACUGCCCUGAUCCUACA